AUGGCGCUCUGCCGGCGCCUGGCGCGGCUGGCCGCCCGCCUGCAGGACCCGCGGAAAGUGGCCGCCUUCCAGCGGCUCUGCGGGGUGGAGGGGCCGUCGGAGUGGGCCGACGCGGAGCGGCGAGGCGGGGGCCGCGAGCCGCUGGCUAACGGCGGCCCCGCCGGCGAGCGGAGCGCGGGGCCGGGGCGGCAGCACGGCGCCGGCAACGGGGCCGUGCCGGGGGGCGCCGGCCCCCCGCGGGGCUGGAGGAGGCGGCCGCGGCGCAACUCCCUCACGGAGGAGGACGGCAGCCAGGAGUUCGCCACCCGCAGCCGCUUCCUCUACUACCUCUUCAGCCUGGGCACGGAGCUGGGCAACGAGCUCUUCUACAUCCUCUUCUUCCCCUUCUGCAUCUGGAACCUGGACGCCUGGCUGGGCCGGCGGCUGAUCCACGUCUGGGUGUGCGUGAUGUACCUGGGGCAGUGCACCAAGGAUGUCAUCCGCUGGCCGCGGCCCGCCUCGCCGCCCGUGGUGAAGCUGGAGGUCUUCUACAACUCCGAGUACAGCAUGCCCUCCACGCACGCCAUGUCGGGCACCGCCAUCCCGCUGGCGCUGCUCCUGCUCAGCUACGGCCGCUGGCAGUAUCCCCUUAUGUUUGGGCUGAUUCUUGCGUUCUGCUGGUGUUCUUUGGUUUGCUGUAGUCGAAUUUAUAUGGGAAUGCAUUCAAUUUUGGAUGUUAUUGCUGGAUUUCUGUAUGCUAUUCUCAUCUUGGUUAUCUUCCAUCCAGUUGUGGACCUGAUUGAUAACUUCAACUUAACUUACAAAUAUGCACCAUUAAUUAUCAUCAGUCUCCAUUUAGCCCUGGGCAUCUUCUCUUUCACUCUAGACACCUGGAGCACAUCACGAGGAGACACAGCUCAGAUACUGGGCUGUGGUGCUGGGGUAGCUUGUGGCUCUCAUGUUAAUUACGUACUGGGUGUAAACCUAGAUCCUUCUCCCGAUAUGUUACCUUUAUCUCUUUCCUCUCUCACUGUGACUGUGUUUGGAAAAGCCAUAUUGCGGUUGUUAAUUGGAGUAGUAAUUUUGUUAUUAACAAAAAUAGUGAUGAAAAAAGCCACUAUUCCACUAGCAUGUAAAAUAUUCCGCAUACCACACAGUGAUGUACGGAAAGCAAGACAGCGCAUGGAAGUUGAGCUUCCCUAUCGCUAUAUUACAUACGGAAUGGUUGGAUUCUCCCUCAUGUUUGUUGUCCCUUGUCUCUUCCGGUUUAUUGGUCUGUCUUGAUGUAGAUUCAUCCCUUUAAAUAGGGAGAACAGAGCUAGUUGCUUUUUGAAAAGAUGCACUAGUUUACUAAGGGAAGGCAGGUGAGUUUGGCUUUAGCAGGGGUCUUCACUUUAACAGCAAUACAUAGCAGGCAAAGCAUUUAAAGGACAUUGCACAUCUCUGGUAUGGUAUGUGGCUGGGAGUCACUUAUCGAUCUCUGAGAAGCGCAAAACUCUAUAAAUGCGGUGUCUAGAGUUAUUGCUGUAAACAAAGUGUGUGCGCGUAUGUGUACCGUGAGAUGCAAUGAAUGUAUCUGAAACAUCUGUCAUACUAUGCCUGUAUGUUUUGACAGGUAUGUCUGACAGCUAAUCAGAAAGCUCCAUUUAUGAUCUGUUUGCCGUUUCAUAAUAACUUAGUCAAAUUGUUGGACCAUAAGUAAUUUGUUUUCCUCUAUUUUUCCCUAAACCCUGCUUCAAGAUGUUUCAGCUAAUAGGCUUUUGAAUGGACCAAAAUUGCAAUGAGAUUGGAUUAAAAAAAACCAAACAAACAAAAAAAAAACCCAAAACCCAAACCCUCGAACAAACAGAAGCUUUUUUCUUUAGCCCCUUUUACACAGUAAAAUGUCUGAUUGAUACUGGUGUUAGGUAUCAAUGGAGUAUUCAGGUAUUGUAUUUUAUGGUUUGAUAACUGUGCCUUUCUGUUGCUAAAUUAAAUGCCAUAUAUACUGUGAUAUAAAAAUGAUUCAUUUUAUUUUAAUCAUACACAAUUAGGUAGAUAUUUUCAAAUGCUAGAUUGUCCACAUUACUGGCACAGUUAAAGUUAACCAGAAUAUUCAGUUUAGACUGUUUAAGAUUGCAUAAAUAAAAUGGCCCAAGAAUUGUGUCCUUAGGCUCAAAAGGAUGUGAAUGGACAAUAAUCCUUUUUGUAGGUAUUUUUUUAAUGUGCAUUGUAAGUUACUGGUAGAGGAUAUAUUUUUCUGUGGAUUGUUUAUACGGUGGACAGAUGUUCAAAAUUAAUUAUCUAAAAAUAUAAACAAUAAAAAUACCCAACCUACUAAGAAGUGGGCUUCACAUUAUUAUUCCAAAGAGAUUUAGAAGGACCGUUGUAUUUAGAGAUGUGCUUAGAUUUUCUAAGCGUAGUUCUAGAAAAAUUAUAUGUAUUUUUAUUCAUUAACAUACUGUAUUUUAAGAUGAGAAUCACUUUUACCCAGUUUAGAUAGCUAUAAAACAAAAUAAUGAUCAAAUUAAAUUGUUGAUCAUUUUGAUAGGCAGAUCUCAACACUCAAAAGACAGUGUUGUCACCGCAUAAAUAGUUUAUGCGUAUCUAGGUUUUAUUGAAUAAUAAUGCACUUUCAACUUUUCAAGUUCUUUUUCCGAGUGAGGAGUAGGGUGUGAUCCUUGAACUAUAAUUUCUUGUGCCUCUAUUUUGAAUUUAAUUUUGUUUGUGUAUUUUUUUGAUUACCUAAGCUGCUGUUUCCAUGUUAGACAGUAUCUUAUUACAGCAUUCUGAUAAGACAUGAAUUACUUAGUUUUGUAUCAGCAUUUUUUCAGGAAAAAACGUAAUUUAAUUAGGAAGUCUAGUGAAUAAGUUAGCUAGAAUACAAAGCUUACAUUUUUGCAAGAAGUACUUGGAAUUGGAAGUUUAUAGUAUUGGAGAUACGAGCUCCAAACUCUUGUUAAUAUGUAAAUGAACAAAAUUAACUUAUCUCUUUCCUCCUUAAAGCAGUCAAAGUUAUGGUACACUUGCAUUAGAAGAUGCAAAAAUCUGACUUUUCUGAUGUGCAUUUAGAAUGCACUGUUAUGAAUGUACUCAAAAGAAUUGAGUGUUAUACCACUUCUGUAGUUGAAGAGAUCUGAUCUUACAGAAAAAUCAAAUAUAAAAAUACAUACUGAAAGAAGUUAACCAUUUUCUAUCUGCUCCUUUGUUGCAGUUUUUACGCUGAGUGUGUAGUAAAUCAGUUUUCAAGGUUUUGAGGGAGGGAUUUCCACCGAUACAGCUUUGCACACUAACGUAGAGGCUGAAUAAAUAACUGGGGAGCUGGUAUACAAAAAGGCUUUUUAGUUAAAGCCCUGAGCAGGUACUGUAGUUCUAACAAUAUUAAUUAAGUCUGAAGACUAGGGAAAAUAAUACUAAUGGGAUGACUUUUUCUGAAAUUUAGGACAUUUUCCUUAAACAUCCUAGCUUUACGCUUUUUAGGGAAGAAUGUUUAAAUUGUAGCACAGAAGGAAGAGUUGAACAAAAAUAAUUUUUAAGGUACGUAUUUGCUGUUAAGACUUUUAGGAACUUUAAGUUUACAGCAUAGGAUUGUUCUUAACGCUGUAUUUUAUAGCUGUCAUACUAUUAAUGGAAAAGAUACUGUGGAAAUUUUGGAAUGGGUGAAAAUCAUAUGCAGUCAUGACUUUCAGCAGACUAUAGAAAAUUGCACUGUAGCUCAUUCUAUUAUUAUAUAUAUAUAUAAAAAUAUAUAUUUUAUAUUUUUAUAUGUUACAUUGGGUAACUUCAAAAUAUCAUGUCCUAUGUACCAUAUAAUGUAGUCUGCAGGAAAUGUAUAUCAGAGUAUUGGUUUAUAGAUCACCUUUACAACCGUGUAUCUCAAUUGCAACUACUCUACUGAAGUUUACAUGAAUGAAGUUUUACUACUCUAUUUUCAUCUUCUGUAAGAGGCUAGGCUUUAGAGAGCAGUUUAGCACAAAAUAUCAUGCAAUAUGAAUACUCUUAUGGAACAGAGGAAAAAAAGGCAGGAAUGCAAAAACUUAAAAUCCAUCUCUAAAUACACACCAAGAUUUCUAUUUUAGUAUAUUUUUGGUUAAUAGUAUCUUAAGAUUUCUUCACAUCAGUCGUAACAAAACAGUCAGUAAAACUUGAGCAGUUUCUUUGCCCUAAACUACUACUAGAGUUGAAUGUGUUUGUAGCGUGAACAUCAGCUGGUACCAAAUUAUUUAUAAAUAAAUUUAACAUAGCUUUAAGAAGGUAGUUAAAUGUCGUCUUAGAAGGAUAACACACUUGAAAGGUUUUAUGAGGCAGUGCAGAAACAAUUAUUCAUGUAUCACUGUUACUGAACUUUCUCAGUUCUAGGUUGUAUAGUUCUAAAAAUAGAAAUAAUACUAUUUUAUAGAAGCAGAUAUAGAUGCACAUUUAUUACAAAAAGGUAUGAACAAUGUUUGUCUUAUACUGUAUGCAAUAUAAAACUGAAACUAAUGAUAGCGUAGAGCAUAGAAAAUUGUUUUCCAAAAGGCUGGAGAAACCGUAAUUAGUCUUAGAUACCUGCCUUAAACAUAAGAACAGGACUUUUUUCUGAUCUGGCACUCAAAUAGGACUAACAUGCAUUGCAUUUUGGGUAUAUCUUUAAAAUUGUUAUUUUGAAAAAAGUGGCAUGUUUACAUGAAAGCUAUAACUUCUAAUCUCUGUGCUGUAAACUGGGGUUGAAGCAUCUUUCUUCUGUAUGAUCGCAUAUGCCUUAUUUAUUACCUUGCAAAUUAACAACAAAAUGAUGAUCUCCAGAGGUCCCUUCCAACCUUACUGAUUUGAUGAUUCUAUGAAAAAAAGCUAUUCUAAGGUAAAUUGGCAAACCAAAGGAAGCUGUAUUUUGUUUGCUUAAUUGGAACCUUUCUUUAAGCUUCUGGAAAAAAGGACAUUUUUUAAACGGGGUCUCUGAUUUUUUUUUUUUUUAACCAAACAGUAUUAAUGUGUCUGGAUUUUAAAAGCUAUCAUGUUUUCCUUUGCUAUUAUAUUUUACUAUUUCUUACAGUGUUUGUUAUUCAUUUCUUGUUUAUUUUCUAGGGAGUGUCUUGAACUAUUUGUAAGCAGAUGCAAAAACACUGCUUCUGUAAAGAUUGUCAUUUUGAACUUGUAAAUAUUUAAGGACUGAUAGUGGCUGUUGGCUGCUCAAAUACAUAAAAACAAACCUUGCAUGCUGUAGGUAAAUACAUCUGUUGUGCUAAAAGUUGUUUCUAUUUCAGUAUUUGCUUUCUCGACGUGAAACAAGAUUUUAAACACAAAAUAUAAAAGAUACUUAACAAUUCAAUCAUAUGAGAGGGACUAGCUGCCUAACUCCUAUCAAUUUUGUUGAGAGUUCUGCAUCUAGUUCUUCACGUCCUACGUGGAAAGUGAACCCUGCAGGUCACAUCCGUGUUCUGACAUGCAAAUAGGCAUGAGUGUGUGUGUGUGACCUGACUUGCCUUGUGAGAUAGAAACGUAAUAUCCUUGCUUUUGAGAACUGGAGGAUUGCUGUUUAUAAAACCAUAGUUAUCCCAAUUUUACAAGACUUCUGAAGGGCUUAAGUUGGGAACUGUUUCAUAUUAGCUGGAGUUAUUUGUACGUUUACAACAGUGAAUUGAUGCCUUUCCCUCUGUAUCAUCACUCUAUUGAAUGACAAGAUCCCAGAAUAAUGUCAGCAGACAGAAUAAAGGGAGAAUUGAUUUCUUGGGGUAUUGUGACUCAACUUACUGUACUGGAAUUGAUUUUUGGGUUUUUUUUGUCUAAUAUAGCAGUAAACAGUAUAAUCCAGAAACAUUCUAUAUUCUACAAGUUACUUUGAAGAAACUUGACUUUUUUGUGGCAGUCUCACUGAAUGACUUGAUGCAGGCUGCUAUUUUAUCCAAAAGCUUAAGUAGCCUUUUUGUUUUGGCACGAAUAAAUAAGCCUAUUUUAAAACUUAGUUUAAUAUUAGUCAAAACAAUAGAUUAGUUGGAUGACUAUUUUCUUCCUAUGACACUUUUUGAAUCAAAAGCAAAACCUCAUAAUUUUAAAACAAAAAUCAGAUAUCGUGUGGCAGACAGGAUAUUGCCCUUUCGAUGUUCUCAAAACUGCUAGUAUCACAUGCUGGAGAUGAAGCAAAUUUACUAUGCAUUAAAAAUUUUUUUUGAACCCAGUUCUAUAACAGAAGUAAUUUGCAUGUUGGUAAGAAUCCAUUUAACAAAAUGAAAUAAAGCAAUAUGUCCUUACAACAUAAAAUUGACUAUUCCUGCAGGAUCAAAGAAGAAUAGAGAUUACAUAGGAGAAUAAUAUCUUAAACAUAGUGCUAAGUGUAAACAAAAGCCCUAUCAAUUUGGAGCAUUUUAUUAGUACAGGAAAAACAAUAACUAUUUUUUUUUGGUACAGCUUUGUUAAAGUGUAAUGAAAGUCAAGGCUGAUAUUCCUGAAAUAGAAACAAAUUCUUAAUAAAAUUCGAGCAAUGUAAAUACUGUAAUUUGAAAAGAUCAAUUCAGGAGCUAGUAACUUUUAAAAUAGCAAAGUCUGAGCAGGAUUUUGUACUAAAUGCAAUGCCACAAUUUGACCUUUACUUGAUUUAUAUGGGAUCUGUAGUACAGUACAGAUAGGUGUGUGUGUGUAUAUAUAUUUUGCAUGUUGGAGUUUAUUUUUUUUAUGUAUAGGUUUUUCUUGUUACUUGUUCCCUGAUUAAAAAAAAAAAAAGUGUUCAUAAAACAGCUUGUCUGUACUGGUUAGGCUCUAUGCUAGUAGUAUUACAGGAAAUAAUAUGGUUCUAGCCCCUAGUCUCUCAACCUCUUGGAUAACUUUUUUUAAUUAAAAAAAUGUUUUCAAGCACAAGCCCGGAAUUAAUUGAGGAUCAUAUAACGGUGGCUGUAUAACAGUGUACAACCUGAUAUUUAAAAAUUAAUACAGCUGAACUUUGUGAUAUUACGGUUACAGCUUUUGUACUCAUUGUACACUUUCUGCAGUUGUCAAUUAAUAUUUAUACUCUCGAUAACUGGUAACUGAAGUGUCUAACUUCCACUGCAAAGAGUGGAUAAUAAACUACUGUUGGACUCAAA